AAUCCUUCACAUCUCUUGCUAAGUCCUGGUUGCUGGCACAUGGAAUUCGUUGUGCAGUUUUUUGCGCUUCUACUCAAAACCAUACUUUGAGCUUGUUGAGGCUUGACGGUUCACAGCCCUUUCAUCAUGGCUUCUUCUUCUGGCAACGAUUUUGGCCAGUACGAGGCCAAGGGUGCUCGUAUCGAUGAAGAAAAGACGUUUGAUGGCGCUCAUCCUCGCCGCUCGAGCGUUGUGGGAUCGGUACGAGAGGUCGGCGAUAACACGCACCGGAAGCUCAAGGGUCGCCAUAUUCAACUCAUCGGUAUUGGAGGAACGAUUGGUACUGCGCUUUAUGUGCAAAUUGGUCGAGGUCUGAUGAACGGCGGCCCAGCUGCGUUGUUCAUCGCCUUUUCCUUAUGGUGCACUGUCAUUCUGGCUGUAACAUUGAGUAUCGCCGAAAUGGUCACCUAUCUUCCCAUCUCCUCGCCCUUUAUCCGUUUUGCUGGACGCUUCGUGGACGAUGCCUUUGGCGUAGCUGCCGGAUGGAACUUUUUCGUCUUCGAGGCUGCCCUUGUGCCCUUCGAAAUCGUGGCUUGUAACGUAAUCAUCGGCUUCUGGAGCGAUGCAGUACCGACCGGUGCUAUUAUUGCAAUCGUCAUUGUUUUAUAUGCUGCGAUUAACAUGAUGGCCGUCAAAUGGUACGGAGAAACUGAAUUCUGGGCCGCCAUUGGAAAAGUGCUGCUCAUCAUCGGUCUCCUUAUCUUUACCUUUAUCUCUAUGUUGGGUGGCAACCCCGCCAAAGACCGAUAUGGAUUCCGGUACUGGAAAGAUCCCGGUUCGUUUACGGAGCUGUACUACGGAGGACAGCUUGGUCGCUUCCUGGGCUUCUUGCAAUGCUUGAUUCAAGCUUCCUUCACCAUUGCCGGACCGGACUAUGUCUCCAUGGCUGCGGGCGAGACAGAAAAUCCACGCAAAGUUAUGCCCCGCGCGUACAAUGCUGUCUUCUAUCGUCUCACGACUUUCUUCGUACUCGGCUCCCUCGCUGUUGGUAUCAAUGUCCCCUACAACGACCCUGAGCUUAUCGCCGCGUUUAAGCUUGGCAAGCCCGGCGCUGCAGCUUCGCCGUACGUCAUUGCCAUGAACCGUCUCCGCAUCGAAGGACUCCCUCACGUCGUCAAUGCCGGUGUUUUGGCUUCCGCCUUCUCAGCCGGUAACUCCUACGUCUACUGCGCGUCUCGCUCCCUGUUCGGCCUGGCACUCGAAGGCAAAGCACCCAAGAUUCUGACAAAGUGCACGAAGCAAGGUGUGCCCUUCUACUGCGUCGGCGUUGUCCUACUCAUCGCCCUCCUAUCCUUCUUGCAGCUUGGGGAGAACUCCGCCGUUGUGUUGAACUGGUUCGUCAGCUUAGUUACCGCCUCUCAGCUGAUCAACUUCAGCGUCAUGUGCUUUACCUUUUUGCGCUUCUACAAGGCGUGUCAAGUCCAGGGAUUAGACCGCAACACGCUGCCAUAUAGGGGCAUUCUUCAACCAUAUGCUGCGUGGUACGGCCUCAUCACAACGUUCAUCAUGACAUUUGUGGGCGGAUACACAGUGUUCUUAAAGGGGUACUGGGACGUUCCGUCGUUCCUGUUCUCAUACCUCAUGGUCUUUCUCUUCCCAGUGCUCUUCUUCGGGUGGAAGAUUUUGAAGAAGACCAAGUGGAUCAAGUCGCACGAGGCUGAUCUUGUGACUGAUCUCGCGGAGAUUGAAGAGUAUCACCGGAAUUAUGUGGAGACGCCUGAGACGAACAAGUUCAAUCGUAUAUUGGACAAGUUGUUCGGUUAGGAGGAUGACAGGUUGAGUCGUUGGUGAUUAUUAGAUCUGGACAUAAGCAACAAGUCAUGCUAUUCGCGUCUAAACAGAGCAAAUUAUAGGGUGUCACCAUUA